AUGGCGAAUUGGACUUCUGUUCCGUCUUCAUUGUCUGAUACUCCAAUGAUUUCAGCUGCUGCGUCGUCGUCUUCUUCUUCUUUGGGAGCUGGAGUUGACGAUGCUUUCGAAGAGGACGCUUGCAGUAUUUGUCUCGAUCCUUUCACCGUUCAAGACCCUGCCACUGUAUUAAUCGCUGCAGCAUUGUUUUCUAGGAAUGGAUGUCUUGCAUGGGAUUAUGGUGCUAUGGCUGUCAUUCAUUUUACUCGUUUCUGGUUUAGGUCGCAGAGAAGCAAAGAGUGCCCGAUAUGCUGGCAGCUUCUUGUUCUGAAAGACCUUGCCAGCCAAGAACUUCUAGCUGCUGUUGAAAAUGAGAGGCGUUUAAGGUCGAAGAACUUGACUCCUGCAUCCGUAAUCGCUCCUCAUUUGGAUGAUGAUUAUGAUGUAGAAGAGGAUUCCUAUUCAGAUGACUCUGAUUUCGACGAGCAUGUUAUGCAGCAUCUAGCUGCUGCUGCUGCCAGCAGAGCUCGUUAUGUUCGCAAAAGGGAGAGGCAGAGUUCUACUGGAUUCGGCUCCUCCCAGGUUCUUGCCUUUACUUCUCCUGAACAUGUACCCACUGUUCACCAAACAUAUACUUCACCAGAAGAAGUUCAAACUUUAAGUUAUGGGUCAUCAGUGAUUAAUUCACCAACUCCUGGCUCACCAUCAAUUAACAUUCAAAAUUUGUCAUCUGUGGCCCCUCCUGUUGUGAACCAAGUCUCUACUACUGCAGUCAAUAGCCCUUUCAAUCCCAGGGUUCUCUUUAGACAGCCACCAACUGAUACUCCCCAAGGGCAAGGUUCAUUGGAGCUGCUAUCUCUCUCAGACUCUAUUAAAUCUAAAUGGUUUGCUGCUUCAGCCAGGUACAAGGAAUCACUUUCAAAAAGUACUAGAGGUAUAAAGGAAAAGCUAGUUGCAAGGAAUAAUUCGGUUAAGGAGCUGAGCAAAGAAGUCCAGAGGGAAAUGAGUGCAGGAAUUGCUGGUGUUGCACGAAUGAUUGAGCGGUUGGAUCUUACCCCAAAACGCACUGGACCCUCCAUGUCUGAUUCUGGUUUUUCUGGGGGAAAUUCAAAUUUUUCCUGGAAGGGGAAAGGUGUGGAACAGAACAUCAUUGCUCAGGCUUUGGCCAAAAAAAGGGAGGAAAUUGCUCAUGAUACAAGUUUAGGUGCAUCCUCGCAUGCCUCUGGUACAGUCCAAGCACAAGUGGAAAUCUCCCAUGCACAGGUUUGGAAACCCCUGAAGAUAGAGGUCAUUGAUGCCAUGACACUCAGGCCUGGCAGCUCGCUGUGUUUUACCUUAUCAUCUGAGAAGGCAUAUGAUGCAAGUGACGUGCUGUGA